UUUACCCUUGUUGCAAUGGAUUUUUUUGUCGCUAGGUAUUAAAAAAAAUAAAAUUGCAUCCAAAUAAGUUUUGCUGCUAUUUUCACCUUUGCUUGUCAUAAGAUCAAAACAUAAGUUCUCCCUCACAGAAGAAUACAAGUAACGAGCCCAUUUCCUCCUCCUUCUUCUUCUUCUCCUCUAAUCUUCCACUAAUCUUGCACUAAUCUUCUCAGAUGGGCUACUAGUUCAUCUCUUUUCUAAAAGACUGUAUGUAAAGUCAAAUAUGAAGUAGGAGCUGACAUAUUCUGGCUUCAUUUCAAGAAAAGGAACAAAACGAUCUCAAAGAUUUCUGAUGGAUUAGUUAAGGAAAAUGGAGACUCUAGAGCGUGGUUGGAUGUAUGAGAGGUUGGAUGGACGAGGGGGUAUUAAUUCUUGUUUCAUAUCCGGUGUGGAUAAAUUUCUCCACUUUGCAUGUUCUCAACGAAAUCACAUGAGUGGUGACAAUGUUAGAUGUCCUUGUAAAAAAUGUCACAACACUAAAUUCAUGGAUGUUGAAACCGUUAGAUUACACCUUUUGCAAUUUGGAUUUGUUGAGAAUUAUUUUGUUUAGAUAUUUCAAGGGAAAAAAUGUCUAACUAAUGGGUUGUCUUCUAGUAGUAACUUGAAUGGUGGUGCUCAACCAGAAUUUGGAUAUGAGAAUCCAUACCGACGAAUGAUUCUUGAUAUAGCUGGGCCCAAUAUUAUUCAAGGUUCAACUUGGCAAUCUGAUAGUAAUGUUGAACCUGAGUCAUCUCAUCCUAAUGAACCUUCAAUGGAGGAGGAGCCUAAUCCUGAAUCCCAGAAGUUCUAUGAUUUGCUACAGGCUGCCGAUGCAGAAUUAUAUCCUGGUUCUUCUCUCUCUCAACUUGAAGUAGUUUCUAGGAUGUUAAACAUUAAAAUGGAGAAUUCUUUGUCACAGAGGGGUUAUGACCAAAUGAUGCAACUGUUUAAAGAUGUUUUACCUAAAGAUAACAUAGUGCUUGAUAACUAUUAUCAAACUAAGAAGCUAGUGCGUAGCUUGGGUUUGCCCGUGAAAAAGAUUGAUUGUUGUAAUUCGGGAUGUAUGUUGUAUUGGGGUGAGGACGAGGGCCUCACAUCUUGUAAAUUUUGUGGAUAUGAGAGAUAUAAGCGUCGUGUCGGCUCCCGUAAGAGGAAAUUGGUGCCUUACAAGAAAAUGUUUUACUUUCCUUUGAUUCCUAGAUUGCGGAGAUUAUAUGCAUCACAUGCUACAGCAGCUGACAUGAGAUGGCAUCAUGAGCAUAUACAAGAGGAAGGAGUAAUGCGUCAUCCAUCAGACUCUGAGGCUUGGAAGCACUUUAAUGAAACUCAUUCUUUUUUUGCUGUUGAACCAAGAAAUGUGAGGUUGGGGAUGGUUUCCAACCAUUUGGUCAAUCUAGGAGGAAAUAUUCUUCGUGGCCAGAGAUUGUCACUCCAUACAAUUUACCUCUGUGGAUGUGCAUGAAAGAGGCAUAUAUAUUUUUAACUGUCAUUGUUCCAGGACCGACUAAUCCUAAGCAAAAAAUUGAUGUUUA